AUGGAACAACAACCAGUUUGGCCGCCGUUGUCGCAGCCUCGAUUGGUUGACGACGACCAAAUGUCCAUCGAUGAGCCCGCUGUGCGCGACUCGGCUGAGCAAGGCUUCGCCGACGACAGAGGCGACGACAGUGAUAUCGAUAGUGAGAAUAGUGACGGGGCCAACGAAUGGGUCGUUCACAGUCCUCGCAAGCCGCGCAAGGUAUCCGAAAAGAAGCGCGCAGACAUUGCCGCGUUCGACUUGUGGAUUGAGGAGAAUCAACAAGAGCUUUCCAAGAGCCCGAGCGGAUUGGUCAUUGACGAUGAUGAAUCUGCCAACGGCUUGGUUGAGGAUUUCGACAACAAGUGCAUCAUCGCAAGCCCUCGAGAUUACCAACUCGAGAUGUUUGAGCGGGCCAAGACACAGAACACCAUUGCUGUGUUAGAUACUGGAUCGGGCAAGACACUGAUUGCUGCGCUGCUCCUGCGAUGGACAAUUCAAAAUGAGCUGGAGGACCGAGCCAAAGGACUUCCAAAGCGCAUCGCUUUUUUCCUUGUCGAUAAGGUUGCUCUGGUGUUUCAGCAACAUGCCGUGCUCACAUGCAACUUGGACUAUCCUAUUGAGAGGUUAUGCGGUGAGAUGGUCGAACAGGUCUCGUCCAAAGAGUUCUGGGACAAGACGUUUGCCGACAACAUGGCCAUCGUGUGCACGGCUGAGAUUCUCUACUCCUGCCUCCACCAUUCCUACAUCCGGAUGGAGCAGAUCAACCUCCUAGUAUUUGAUGAGGCCCACCACACCAAGAAAAGGCACCCCUACGCGUGCAUUAUCAAGGAUUUCUACAUCGAGGUCAAAGAUGAGAAGAAAAGACCCCGCAUUCUUGGAAUGACGGCUUCUCCGGUGGACGCCCACAUCGACCCCAAGAUUGCCGCAGCACAGCUUGAGGGCCUGCUUCAUAGCCAGAUUGCCACCGUCGCCAACCCGAGGGCAAUGCAACAGAGUGCCGGAACACCAACUACGGAGAUAGUUGUCGAGUACGACAGGAAGCUUCCAGACUGGGAGACAGAGCUUAACAGAGGUCUGCGCGGGCUUGUGGGUAAUCAUGCAGUCUUCAAAAAGGCAUUCGCUUUCACCGCGACUGCAGCGGCAGAGAUGGGACCUUGGUGCGCCGAUAGGUACUGGCAGCUUUUCCUCAGCGGAGACCGAAUGGCAUAUCUGGAAGCGGGAACCGAGAGUAACCUCUUCCGUUCCUCUGACUUAAGCCAGAACGUGGCUGAACAUAUCAACAAGGUGCGAGAGGCACACGAGCUGGUGAAUCAGCACGACUUCAUCCAGCCAAGGCUCGAUACGGACCAUCUGUCUCACAAGGUCGUCCAACUUGUCAACGUGCUGCGAGAGCAAUUCCAUGCUGAAGAUGGCAAACAACGAUGCAUCAUUUUCUUCAAGCAGAGAAAUGUGGCUGGGUUACUCUGUGACUUGCUUGAGCAGCCGGAGAUGACCAUCCAGGGCCUUAGGCCUGGCGUACUUGUUGGCGGUGGCAGGCAAGAGGCCAGUUGGGACAGUAAGAAGAUUAGCUAUCGUGACCAGGUCAAGACGAUAAUAAAGUUCAAGAAGGGCGAGCUGAACUGUCUCUUUGCGACUCCUGUUGCCGAGGAGGGCCUCGACAUCCCGGACUGCAACCUUAUCAUUAGAUACGACCUCAACGACACUCUGAUCCAGUACAUUCAGUCUCGCGGCAGAGCGCGCCAGGACGGCUCGGUUUACGUGCACCUUGUUGAGAAGGGCAAUAUCCUGCACCGCAAAAGGAUGGAAGAAAAUAAGCUGGCCGAAGACGCGCUGCGACGGUUCUGCGAGAGCAUGCCAGAAGACAGAUGCCUGACCGGAAACAAUUUCAACAUUGAUUAUUUUCUGCGCAAGGAAAAGGGACAAAAGCAGUACACAGUCCCAGAAACAGGAGCAAAGCUCAACUUUAAGCAAAGUUUGGUCUGCCUUGCAAGAUUUGUGGCUUCACUGCCUCAUCCGCCCGACGUCAGCCUGACUGCCAACUAUGUCGUGCUUCCUGUCCCUGAAGGAGGCUUUCAGUGCGAGGUGAUAUUACCUGCGUCGUCCCCCAUCAAACGGGCUACUGGGGGUGUUUACGCGAGCAAGGCAGUCGCCAAGUGCUCGGCAGCCUUUGAGCUGUGCAUCCUGCUUAUCAAAAACAAGUAUCUUGAUGCGUUUCUGAAGCCUGUCUUUACAAAACAGCUUCCUGCCAUGCGCAAUGCACGGCUCGCCAUCAGUUCCAAGAAGAGGAAGGUGUAUGGUAUGCGGAUAAAGCCCGAGAUUUGGUCAAUCCUGGGCGAGCCCUCGGAGCUCUACGUGACAGCUCUAACAUUGGAUAACCCGGCGGCAGUCGGCAGACCAUCCCUCCCGCUCCUCCUGCUGGCUCGACAGCGGAUGCCCCAAGUAGCUUCAUUCGAGCUAUUCUUCGGCCAGAACCGCUCUUCGUCAGUCAAAUGUGUUCCGAUUCCCGGACCUCUCAGGCUUGAUGAUGACAGGCUCAUUCAGUACCUGACGGCAUUUACCUUGGCUGUUUACAAGGAUGUUUUCAGCAAGGAAUACGAAGCUACUGCUGCCGAGCUCCCUUAUUUUCUUGCCCCAACAAGACGAGAGCAUUUCUACGACUUCUCGUCCGUCUCGGAUCCUUUUUAUACCCUUGACUGGGCUACGCUCAGGUGCGUGCACGAAAACGAGUGCAUCAAGUACGAGUUCAACGAGCCGGAUAGCUUCUUCACUGAUAAAUUUGUCACCGAUCCGUAUGACGGCUCACGCAAAUUCUUCCUUCGCGGCCGCUGCCACGCUUUGAAGGCCACCGACCCUGUGCCUGAACGCAUUGUCGCCCCGAGUCACAGGGCCUGGCGCACGACGUGCACCAACCGCGACAUUCUCAAUUACAGUCUGAGCAUGUGGACGAAAUCGCGGAGCUACAUGUCCCUCAGGGAGGAUCAGCCUGUCGUGGAGGCGGAGCUACUGCCCAUUAGACGUAACCUUCUGGAUGACAAUAUUGGAGACCAAGACCUGGAGCCGAAGCAGUGCUUCUUGGUCUUGCAACCCCUGAGAAUUUCGCCGUUGCCGGUAGAUGUCGUCAGCAUGAUUUACAACUUCCCUGCUCUUAUCCAUCGCAUCGAGUCCAACCUCAUUGCAUUGGAUGCUUGCCACAUGCUCGGGCUAAACAUUCGGCCCGACCUUGCUCUUGAGGCAUUCACAAAGGACAGCGAUAACACGGGCGAGCACGAUGCCGAACAAGUCAACUUUCAGGGCGGCAUGGGCAACAACUACGAGAGAUUGGAGUUUCUCGGCGAUAGUUUUCUCAAGAUGGCAACCACAAUCGCCAUCUUCACUCUCGUCCCUGACAAGGAUGAAUUUGAGUACCACGUCGAGCGCAUGCUGCUGAUCUGCAACCUGAAUCUCUUCAACAACGCACUCGAGGUCAAACUGGAGGAAUACAUCCGCUCCAUGGCCUUCGAUCGCCGGAGCUGGUACCCCGAGGGUUUGACGCUGAAGAAGGGUAAGCGCAAGGAACCAAUCCGGAAGCACGAACUUGCCGACAAGUCCAUCGCCGACGUCUGCGAGGCCCUCAUCGGCGCCGCCUACCUCACCGCUCAAGAACAAGACUGGACCAACUUUGACCUGGCGGUGCGCGCAGUCAGCACCAUGGUCAGGGACAAGCGCCACACCAUGACGUGCUUCUCCGACUACGCCGCCUCUUACACUCCUCCCGCCUGGCAGACCGCGCCUUGCAACAGCGCCCAGCUAGACAUGGCCGAGCGCUUCCGGCAGCGCCUGGGCUACUCCUUCAGAUACCCCCGCCUCUUGCGCUCGGCUUUCCAGCACCCAACAUAUCCAUCGAUCUAUGAGAAGCUCCCCAGUUACCAGCGCCUCGAAUUCCUGGGCGACUCCCUCCUGGACAUGGCCUGCGUGGAGUAUCUCUUCCACCACUUCCCCGGCGCCGACCCGCAGUGGCUGACGGAGCACAAGAUGGCCAUGGUAUCCAACCAAUUCCUAGGCUGUCUGGCGGUGCACCUGGGCUUCCACCGCUCACUCGCCUACUGCUCGCCCCACAUCCAGCGGCAGAUAACCGACUACGUGGCCGAGUUUGACGAGGCGCUUGCACCUUACCGUGACGGCGAUGACGGCGAAGGAAUCCUCAAACCGGAUUUCCCCCGCGACUUCUGGACCGCCCUCUCGCACCCGCCCAAGUGCCUGCCGGACGUGGUCGAGGCUUACCUGGGCGCCGUCUUCGUCGACUCAGGCUUUGACUACGCCGGCGCCGUGCGCAGCUUCUUCAACGUCCAUGUCCGCCCUUGGUUCGAGGACAUGCGGCUGUACGAUGCCUUUGCCCAGAACCACCCCGUCACCCUCCUCGGCGGGGUCAUGCAGACCAAGUUCUGCUGCCGCGACUGGCGGGUGCUGGUCCGCGAGAUGCCACCUCCCAAUAACCAGUUGGCUGCGGUGGCGGGGUUGAUGGAUCCGCAGGGAAGUGGUACUGGGCAAGGCGGCCAGGUCGUCUGCGCGGUGCGCGUGCACGGGCAAACGGUUGCGCACGCCGUGUCGGCGAGCAGCAGGUAUGGAAAGAUCAGCGCGGCGAAGAAGGCGCUCGCGCUGUUGGAGGGUAUGGAAGUCGAUCAGUUUAGAAGGGCGUACGGGUGCGCGUGCGUUUUGGAGGCGGGCGGGAACGGGGCGCUGUCUAGGGGGGAGGAGGAAGGGGAACAUGGGUCGGCGAUUUGA